AUGCUUCGACCUUUGUUAUACUGCAUCUCCCAGACUUUUUCAUUCAUUCAACAAAGGAGCCUCUCUUUCUUCCUCCUUGGAACUUCGAAUAGUUCGGGCGAUCAAAGAACAAAGGAUUUCAAGAUAUCAAAAGCAAAAGCUAUGAGCACAGCUACAAGGCCUUCUUCUUCAGCGACAACCUCUGUCAUCCUAGAAAACCCUAUUCCCCAAUCACAACCCACAGAAAGACUAGUGCUUCGGCUAAACCGGAAGAAGAAGACGGUUUCAUGGAAAGACGGGACCGUGGACAACGAGUUCAUGCAGAAGAAGAGUUCUAAGAAAUGUUGCAUCUUUCACAAACAGAAGCCCUUUGAUGAGGAUGACAGCGAAGAAGAAGAUAACGACGACCAUCACCACCAUCACCAUGAUCAUGAUCAUAACCAUGUACACUCUGAGUCUGAUGAGGCCUCUUCUUCUAACGAUUCCAAAGCAGUUGACUAA